GAAGCUCCGGCCGCGGAGUGAUGGAGGCGGCAGCGAAGAUGGGCCGGGCAGAGACCAUGGUGGUGGCGGCAGAAGUGGCAGGGGCGGGGCGCCUGGCGAUAGAGGAGGCUGUGGUCUACAGGGGGCUGUAGGUGGAGGCAUGGCUCAGGCCAGCAGCGGGAACGGCAGCGAGGAGGCCUGGGGGGCACUUCGCGUGCCGCAACAGCAGAGUCCGGCAGCGUCUUCUCUUGAGGGAGCAAUUUGGAGAAGAGCUGGAACCCAGACUCGCGCCCUGGAUGCCAUCCUUUAUCAUCCACAACAGUCCCAUCUGAAAACACCCUGGGGAGCCAGCCUGAGUGUGAGAGAAGUCUCUGUAUGCAGAACUGAAAUCCGCCUCUUUCUUCGAGAGCUCUGCCCAGGAGUGAACAACCAGCCCUACCUCUGUGAGAGUGGUCACUGCUGCGGGGAGACGGGCUGCUGCACCUACUACUAUGAGCUCUGGUGGUUCUGGCUGCUCUGGACUGUCCUCAUCCUCUUUAGCUGCUGUUGCGCCUUCCGUCACCGGCGAGCUAAACUCCGGCUGCAGCAACAGCAGCGCCAGCGGGAGAUCAACCUGUUGGCCUACCACGGGGCAUGCCAUGGGGCUGGCCCUGGCCCUACCGGUUCACUGCUUGACCUUCGCCUCCUCAGCGCCUUCAAACCCCCAGCCUAUGAGGAUGUGGUUCACCGGCCCGGCACACCGCCGCCUCCUUACACCGCAGCCUCAGGCUGCCCCUUGACUGCUUCCAGUGACCGCACCGGCCGCUCCUCUGCUUCUAGCUGCCCUGCCCACUGCGAGGGAACAAAUGUGGAAGGUGUUGCCUCCCACGGGAGUGCGCCCCCUCAUCAGGAGGGUGAGCCUGGGGCAGGGCUCAGCCCUGCCCCCACACCCCCUUCUUGCCGCUAUCGCCGCCUGACUGGUGACUCAGGUAUUGAGCUCUGCCCUUGUCCUGACUCCAGCGAGGGCGAGCCAGUCAAGGAGGCUAGGGCUAGUGCCACCCCACCAGAUCUGGAGGGCCCUUAUGUGCUGCCCCUCGAUCCUAUACCCCAGGUCUCUCCUGUGGGGCUAGCUUCCACUGAAGGGGACAUCCCAUAAACAGUUUUGGGAGGGUGGGUGGAUUCCUUGCCCACCAGAAACAGCCCGGGGCUCAUAUCCUCGAGUUCUCCUUCGCCUCUCCCUGCCGCCUCGAAUCUGCCUGAAAGGGGUGGAGUCCUGAGGAGAGCGGCAGUGUUUGGGGGACUGUGCUAGCUGUACCCCCAAAAAACAUACACAGGAGCCUUUGAUCUCAUUAAAGAGAUGUGAACCAGCUGCUUGUGAA